GGUCGACAAAAACGAUAAAUCGUAAUUUCUUCAGCGCGGAGUUUGUGAAUCCGAGAUCCGUGAUUUUGUGACGAAUUUCACGGUUUUCCCCGAGUUUCACGUUCCUUUUUCGGUCGCCGACGAUUCCUGGCCCAGAGCGGCGUAUCAACGAUGUCCGGAAUGAACGUGACACGCAACGAAGUGGUGCAGUUCGUGGUUCGCAUAUCCCUCGUCUCGCUCGUGACGUACUACUCGGCGAAAUGGUUGAUGAAAAAUUUGGAUCCUACGAACAAGAACAAGAAAAAAGCCAUCGAACAUGCGGAGGAUAUCCUGCGGAAAUUGGGUCCGAACAUCAAGAAAUCGGCGAUCCAGAAUCUGAACGAUUACGAGAUGGUUAUUGCAUCGCAUCUAGUCGUCCCGGAUAACAUCUCCGUCAGCUGGGACAGUAUAGCUGGACUCGACCACGUGUGCCAGGAGAUUAAGGAAAGCCUCGUGUUUCCGGUACGCCAUCGGGACAUGUUUAGCGGAUCGGACCUCUACCAGGCGCCUAAGGGUGUGCUGUUGUACGGACCACCUGGAUGCGGUAAGACAUUGAUCGCCAAGGCAACGGCAAAGGAAGCCGGUAUGCGGUUCAUCAACCUGGACGUUGCUAUGCUGACCGACAAGUGGUACGGUGAGUCGCAGAAGCUGGCUUCGGCCGUGUUCUCGCUGGCGGUCAAGAUACAACCGUGCAUCAUCUUCAUCGAUGAGAUCGAUUCCUUCCUACGGGCCCGAAACUCGUCCGAUCACGAGGCUACAGCGAUGAUGAAAACGCAGUUCAUGAUGCUGUGGGAUGGUCUCAACACGGAGUCCGACUCGACGGUGAUUGUGAUGGGUGCGACGAACAGACCACAGGAUCUCGAUAAAGCCAUCUUACGCCGGAUGCCCGCCCAGUUCCAUAUCGGUCUGCCGAACGAGGAUCAACGACUCAACAUUCUGAAGCUGAUUCUGCGUCGUGAGGAAUUGGCGUCCGAUGUCAGUCUCCCAAGACUGGCGUCUAUUACGCAGGGCUACUCUGGAUCGGAUUUGCGAGAAAUUUGUCGUACGGCUUCGGUUUACCGUUUCCGGAAGCUGAUGCGGGAAUCGUCCGCGCAACCGGUGGCAAACGGUGGAACACCUAAGGUGUCGAACGGGACGGUACCCAACGGACGUAGGAUGGAAGGGGAUAUGCUAGCAUUUGAUGAGCCUCCUGCGAUUACGAUGGAAGAUUUCGACAAAUCCCUCCGCAGUAUGAAGCACUCGAAGUACACGACGGGUGUGCUGAACGAUGCGAGGAUCGAUUUAGAUUGAAACCGAUCGCCGCUUACGGCCAAAGGCCAGUGAUUGCGUCGGAGCAGCAUUUCUGAAGUUCACGAAGCUCUCGACGAGUAGAACUUUUACCAGCCAGAUGCAGUGGGGCAUACCCUUCGCGGGAACAACGGUUAACUAUCCAGCUUUCGGUAGCACCCAGGGAAGAUAGGGUGAUCAGUGCAAAACUAUAAAUUAACCGGACUUGUCGUAUCGUGUCGUUCGCGUGUGUCUUUUAUUUGAUAUAAUCGUGAAUCGAGUGUACCGUUAUGAGUAGAGAUGUUUUCAUAAGCGUUAAAUAUUCAUCGGGAAAAUCUAAUAUAGUCAUCGGUAGGUACCCUUCAAUCGGCACAGAUGCGCACUAGUGUGUUCAGAGGUGUUCGCACUAGGCUACAAAUGAAGCUAUUUGUGCUGCAAGCUGUUAUUUAAAAGCGACAAAGUUUACUCUAUGAUCUUUUAAAACACAUAUAGCAUAUGUAAAAGUUCUGUAAAUUGGUUGUUCACGAUAGUUGUAGAUAAAUAGGUUUGUAAUUAGACGCGUGCAAAGGGAAGGGACGAAAAUUUACGAAAUAAAUAGAGAUAUUUCUCGAACAGA